CAAACAUCACUUGUUUACCAAUACAAACACCAUUGCUCUCCAUCAACCUACUCUACUGCUCAAGCAAACAACAACACAACACAAGCUUAUCUAUCUGAAUCCUCCAUCCACCCUUCGGCAUCCACACCACCACACGGUUCCGCCCGAAGCACACACACAAAAGAUCAACAAACAGAAGCCGAGCAAACUCCACCAAGCGGUUUUAUCAAUACAUAAAACCCAUCUCAACCCCAGAUUUCUGGAACAAUAUCCCAUCACAUCAACACUCUCACACACACACAAACACAUUCACAAUGUUCGGUUCAUACAGCUCAUACAGCUCCAUGAGCGCCAAGUCCAUCGCCAUCGAUAUCAGCCCCUCCAACCUUCGAACCCGAGAUGCCUCAUGCGCCUUUCCCUCCUGGCCCAGGCGCGAGUCUCUCUCCGAGUUCGACCGCGAGGAGCGAGCCACCUCUUUCCUCUCCGACGACGACCUUCUCCUGUCUGACCCCUUCGACGAUGACAGCCACAGCAUCGCCAGCUCCAGCGCCUCGUCCUCUCCCAUCAUGAUGCAGUCGCCUCCCCGCCUGACUGACGCCGAGGUCCUGGAGAUGCAGCGAGAGAAGCUUGCUCUGCAGCGCGAGUGCAUGCGCCAGAUCAUGCUUGAGAAGGAGCGCCGCAAGCAGGCCUCCAAGAAGAAGAGCCGCUCUGCCACCAGCUCCAAGAAGAGCCCCAAGUCCAAGCUUGCCUCCAUGACUCCCAUUUCCGAGUAA